AUGACUUCUUUUAAGCCCGCUAUCCUAUCCGCCUCGCUCGGCCGAGCAUGGCUCCACGACUUUGCCAACAAGGCCAAGCAAGCCUCAGAACAUGGCUUCCAAGGCAUUGAAGUCUUCUACGAAGAUCUUGAAUAUGAAGCAAAAAGACUACAUAGUGUCGAAACUCCCAGCAAUGAUCAGAUUCUCGCUGCAGCAUCGCAUAUCCGAGAGUUGCUGGAUGGCUUGAAGCUUACAGUCAUUGGCCUUCAGCCGUUCUUAUUCUAUGAGGGUCUCAAAGAUCGUGAGCAACAUACUCGUCUUAUCGAAAAGAUCAAGCUGUGGUUCAAGAUCGCAAGGAUCUUGGGUACCAACACGAUUCAGAUUCCUGCCAACUUCCUUCCGGCUGAUCAGUUGACCGGCGACAUGGAUGUUAUAGUAGGAGACCUGGUUGAACUAGCUGAUCUCGGCAUCAAACAAGAUCCCCCAAUUCGCUUUGCCUACGAAGCGUUGUGCUGGAGUACGCAUGUUGACACCUGGGAGAAGUCGUGGGAAGUGGCCCAGAAGGUCAACAGACCCAACUUUGGUCUUUGCCUCGACACAUUCAACAUCGCAGGAAGAGUCUGGGGAGACCCAGCCUCCCCAACUGGCAAAACACCCAAUGCCGACCAAGAUCUCAAAGAUUCCUUGGACAGACUUGUCAAGGAGGUCACGCUAGACAAGGUGUUCUACAUCCAAGUCGUCGAUGCUGAGAGGAUGGAAACUCCACUUGUCAAAGGACAUCCCUUCCAUGUUGAUGGAAAUCCGGCUAGGAUGAACUGGUCGCGGAAUGCUAGAGCCUAUAUGUAUGAGACGGAUCGAGGCGCUUAUCUUCCCGUUGAGGACAUUGCAAAGGUGUUGAUUCAUGAUAUGGGGUACAAGGGAUAUGUCUCGAUGGAAUUGUUUUCACGAACUAUGUCUGAGGAGGGGGAGGAUGUACCGAAGCAACAUGCUCAGAGGGGUAUCGCAGCUUGGAAGACCUUUGUUGACAGGUUGGAGUUGAACAAGAUGUAG